GAAAGCGAGAGGCCAGGAUAGCCAACAAAACUCUCACGGAGCCUGACCACGGCCUGGAAAGAGGACGAGUUGAGCGAGAUCUAAGGCGAGAGGGAAAGGCUACUGCUACCUCCCCCCCCCCUCCCCCCCCCUUACUUUCAUUCAUGCUGUAGUCCGCCCUUCAUGUCGACCUCCCGGGUCCUCAGGCCCCUAUUCGGGCCUAGUCGUCGGUUCCUUGUCGAUCAAUUGGUGCCGCCUCAAGUCGCAGCAGCGGGGGGGGCCUGCAGGCUUAUCUCGAACCAGCCGCCGACAGCGCCGGUGUGCUUGACCUGCCGGCACCGCCUCGUCGCCAAUCCGCACCAGAGGCUCCAUUUCUCCUCCUCCAGAACGACGUCAUCCUUCCCGUCGAAACCUGCUUCGAGCCGCGACAGCGACAGCAACCAGGGUCCUACCACCACCACCCCUGACACCGGAAACGACUCGUCCUCCAAUCUCUUCGCCCCGCCCAUUCCUCCUCUCUCCUCUUCCUCCUCCACCCCUCCACCAUAUCCCGCCUCCUCGGAAUCCGAACCACCAAAUCCGACCGAGCCACCCCUCCCCCCUCCCCCUCCGCAGGGCCGCGACGGCAGCAGCAGAAGCAGCAGCGACGACAGCGACAGCCAUGCCGACCGGCGCCAGCAGCACGACCCGGAGCUCCCGUCGGCCCUCAACUCGCGGCGGUCGCAGCUGAACCGGUCGCUGAGCGCGUUCAUGGACCGGGCGCAGACCACGUUCUUCGUCGCGUCGCGGCGGCUCAACGACCUGACGGGGUACUCGGGGAUCGAGACGCUGAAGGGGCGGGUGUCGGCGCUGGAGGCGGCGCUGGCGGCGGCGCAGCGGGCGCUGCACGAGGCGCGGUCGGCGUACAAGGGCGCGGUGGCGGGCCGCAGCGCGACGCAGCGCGAGGUGACGACGCUGCUGGCGCGGCAGAAGACGUGGUCGCCGGCCGACUUCGAGCGCUUCACCGCGCUCUACCGCCAGGACUACGAGCUCGACGCCGACGUCGCCCGCCGCGCCGCCGCGCUCGAGGACGCCGAGCGCGACGCCGAGCGCCUCGCCCGCGACCUCAGCGCCGCCAUCCUCAGCCGCUACCACGAGGAGCAGAUCUGGAGCGACAAGAUCCGCCGCAUGAGCACCUGGGGCACCUGGGGCCUCAUGGGCGUCAACGUCCUCCUCUUCCUCGUCUUCCAGUUCGGCGCCGAGCCCUGGCGCCGCCGCCGCCUCGUCCGCGGCUUCGAGGCAAAGGUCCGCGAGGCCCUCGACGAGGACCGCGACCGCGUCCUCGUCGCCCUCGCCGAGGUGCACGGCCCCGCCGCCGCCGCCGCCGCCGCCCGUACCGGCGAUGCUGCUGCUACCGCUCCUCCUCCUCCUACUCCUCCUCGCACCGAGCCGUCCCAGACGCCCGGCCAGGACGAGCUCGCCGGCACCUCGGUACCCCCCGCUCUCGCCGAGCUAGCCGGCAAGCCCUCCACUCCCCCCGCCGUAGAGACAGAGCCGGCCGCGGGCCCGCUCCAGAUAACGUACUGGCGCGACGCCUCCUGGCGCGAGGCGCUGCUGAGCCGGGACUGGUGGCGCGCCGUGGCCGCGGACCUGUGGAGCGAGCGCCAGGUGGCGGUGCGGAUGCGCGACGUGUCGGUGAUCGCGAUGGAGGGCGCGGCGGCGGGCGCGGCGCUCGCCGGAACCACCGCGGCCCUGGUCUUCCUGGUCGUCGCGCGCAGGACGUAGGCCGCGAUGGGGAGGGAGGCGCAGACGCCGAGGCAGACGAGGGAAAGGGGUGGAGGUGACGGAGAUCGAAAUGGUUAUAAAAAUGGAGAACUGCACAUCUGGCUAACCAGGUGUUCCGCAAUGCACAGAGAACGUCCGUGUGCUAUGCUAUGCUAUGCUAUGGCCUGUAUGUAGAAUGUCUGUAUGCUAUGCUAUGCUAUGGCUUGUAUGUAGAUAUGCGCGUAUGUACACUAGGAGAGACACAACCUCUACCUACCUCUACCUCUACCUCUACCCCCCCUACCUACCCCUCCCCCGCGCCAGCCGUCCCCGCAAGCCAUCUGGAUAGCUAGCAUGGUCUCCGUGCCAGCAUACAUAUCUAUAUACCAAGCGUCAUCGCCCUCACACCGCCGAAGAAAACCAGCUGGUCACAUCCUCUCGUAGUCUGGCCCCUUCCUCGUCUGACAGAUAUUUAAGAUGGUUAUCUUCUC